AUGGCCAACUGUGAGGCAUCAGCCAAUUCCCAAGCAGCAAUGCAGCGACUAAAGGAUGAGUUAUCAGAUGACGAGAAAAAUGGAAACAUUGGGAAAAUUAUCACGUACAUUGCAGAUCUUUGUCAGACUGGAUGGUCUUUUCGGGAGGCUUAUCAGAAUCUUGGCAAGCUCAGUACGCUUGGUACGCAUUUAGAGAAAGUAGGACGCAUGCUGGACAACAUGACGCGAGACAGCAAAGAAACGAUCCUUCAAGUUCUGGAUUACCAGAAGAAAAACUGCACGGAAGCCAUGAUUAAGCAUUGCUAUGACAAGCAGGGAUUUUCACUGAUGGAACUUUAUGAAGAUAUCGCACAGGACAAAAUUACUAAGCACGAGCAGACGAAGGAUAUGAUUCUAGAUGCAAUGAAAUCUUUUCAUCAACAGGAGAGCGACAAGAUGAUAUCUGACAUGGUGAAGGGGUCAGCUUUUGUAGCGGCUUUUCAAAGUGUCAAAAUUUACAUCGCGUGGAAGAAGAUUUCGGCUGCAUCCAACGUCAUUGAAGAUCGAAGCGAAUUCGAUGCCAUUCAAAAAAACCUGAAGAAGAUGGAGGCGAUGGUUACAGAGUUUUUGGAUCUCUGCAAAAGAAAACCGAAUGAUCCAAGUGUUAACCGGAAAAUGAUGAGGAUAAACACGCUGUACACCUCCACACUAGGAAAAAUAAGCAACCUGAGAGUGAAGAUCGAUGGCCACAUACAGUGCCUUGAUCUUCAAGCAGAUUACGCAAUGGUGGAUGGAGCCGUCAAUUUGGCCACCGCUGCAACCCAGGGAUUUCAGCUCUGGCACACUUGGUCAGACCUGUCCUCCAUUACCAAAGGAAUUGGCAUGGCCAGUGUAGCUGCCUUCAUGGGGCUGGCGUUUGCCAACUAUAAAAUGUAUCAGCUUUCGCAAGAUGCAUUGAUAGACCUACGGAAAAAUUUGAAUGAAGUCAAAGAUCUACAAAAUAUGCUACAGGAUCUUCACGAUCAGGCUGCUCAAGUGGUCGAAGAAAUGGAGGAUUGA